ACUCAUUUGAGCUCCAUAGAAAGUGUGCUUCUGGUACGUAUAUAAACUAAAAUCGAAGACGAAUUUAGUGCAAAGCUCUUCCAACUUGUCUUGUGUAUGUCUACCGACAUGAAAGCCCUGAUUGUUAUAGGCACGUUGUGCCUCUGCGCUUGCGCUUUAGCUGCCGAGGCGGAAAAAAAGGUGGAAACUACCAAAGAAGUCGAGCAGGAAAGCAAAAAGCAGGACAAGAGGGGCAUUUUACUUGGUGAUCACGGUUGGAGCGGAGGAGACUUUGGUGGAGGCGGCGGAUACGAUUUUGGAGGCGGCGGAGGCGGCUACGGUGGCCACGAACAACAUCACGAACACGUCAAGACCAUCGUAGUGGAAAAGAAGGUUCCUGUACCGUACACUGUCACCAAACACGUACCUUACACUGUCGAGAAAAAGGUGCCCGUAGAAGUCAAGGUACCUGUACCACAACCCUACACCGUUGAAAAGAAAAUUCCAGUACCAGUAAAAGAAAUCAUUAAAGUACCAUACAUCGUCCCACAACCGUACGAGGUCAUUAAGAAGGUACCAUACGAAGUAAAGGUCCCAGUGCCAAGGCCAUACGAAGUUAAAGUUCACGUACCGCAGCCCUACACCGUAGAAAAGAAAGUACCAGUACCUGUAAAAGUUCCAGUACCACAACCCUACACAGUUUACAAGAAAGUACCUUACCCAGUUAAGGUUGAAAUACCAGUGCCACAACCUUACACCGUCGAAAAGAAAGUACCAUACGAAGUUAAGGUGCCAGUAGACAGGCCUUACCACGUCCACGUACCAAAACCAUAUCCAGUUACCGUCGAGAAGCACGUGCCUUAUCCAGUAGAGAAGCCGGUGCCUUACGAAGUUAAGGUACCAGUAGACAGGCCUUAUCCAGUUGAAGUACCUAAACCAGUCCCAGUACCCGUCAAGGUCCCAGUACCGCAACCCUAUACCGUAGAAAAGAAGGUACCAUACGAAGUGGAGAAACCAGUACCAGUUCCAGUUAAGGUACAUGUAGAUAAGCCAUAUCCAGUCUACAAGGAGGUCCCAUAUCCGGUAGAGAAACCAGUACCGUACCCCGUAAAGGUUCCAGUUCCAGUACCAGUGAAAAUCCACCACCACGAAGAAGGAGGUUAUGGAGGCGGCGGUGAUGGUGGUUAUGGAGGUGGCGGUUAUGGAGGCGGUGGUGACGGUGGCUACGGAGGUGGUGGCCAUGAGAGCUACGGAGGUGAUUGGGGACAUUAAGUUGCUGACUGAGAUGUUUUGAGCGUUAUAUGGAAUAUACGAGUAGAUUGUUAUGUACAUGAGGGAAAUUUAUGGGAAAAAAUAAUUUACAAAAAAUAAUAGCACCAAAGAGGGAAUUAAAUUGAUUUUCUUGUCAAAAUAUGAUUAUUUUUCAUUUUAUAUUUUCUUUGUUAUAUACAACUUUAUUGGUUAUAUUAGAAUGGUAAUUAAAGUGUGUCAGCGUCCAGUAUUAUUACGUAAGAAACUGUGUUAAUUAAUUUUGUAUAUUUAUAUUAUAUGUUUUUUUUUUGUAAAAUAAAUAUAUUUUGAAAUA